AUGAUGUUUGGCCGAAUCACUCACUACGCUUUUGAUGCCGUUCUCGUCUCUGCCUUUUUGGCGGGCGUUAAACGGUCCACUGGUCUCACCCCCAGCCUCGACUCCGACAAAAUCACCGAUAACAAGGACUUCAAGAAAUGGAUCGAUCAAUACCUCGGUGUCGGCGAGUGGGUGAUGGAUCAGUCGGUUGCAGUGUUGGGAUCUACGAGCUUCUUCGACCGGAGACGGUAA